CGCGCCUGGAGAAUUGACUCCUCCGUCUUCCCGUAGCAGCUUUGCUUUUCCUCCAGCAUGGCUGCCAUCAGGAGCGGGGUGACUCCGGUUUGUUUAGCGAGAUGUUUUCUGAGACAGAGUGGAAAACCGAGCCGGGGCAGCCAUCCCCCUUCAGACAUAUGGAACCACUGGUUGCUCCAGAAGUCCCAUCUGCACACAGUGUUUGAGAGCUGCAGUCCUGCUGCCAGGACUCUGCUGGGCCGCAGACAGAACAGGAAGUUCCUCUGGGUGAACGCUGCGGCCGUCAGACACAACAGCUCACAGGAUGGAACCACAACGACUUCACUGUUGGACGCUUCUGAAGUCCUUCCUGUGCUGCGAACCUUCCCCGUCUCUCUGCCUGCUGACCCCACCUCCAUCAUCACACAACCAAUCACAGAACAGAUCCCUGUUUUGUCGCAGUCGUUCACUGAGCAGGUCGCUGAUGUCUCAUCAACGGCAGCGGAGGUCCUUCAGGCUGUGGUCACAGAACCCAGUUUAGCGGCGCUGGGUUUGGCCUCACGCACACCAGUGGGGAUGGUCCAGAGCCUGUUAGAGUACAUUCACAUUGACCUUGGAAUACCCUGGUGGGGGGCCAUUGUCGUAGGAACGGUGAUUGCCCGUGUGGCCGUGUUCCCGGUCAUCGUGAAGGGCCAGAGGGAGGCGGCCAAGCUGCACAAUGUAAUGGCCGUGUUUGGCAGACUGAAUAACCAGAUGAGCGAGGCGCAAAACAGUGGAAACAAAUUAGAAUUUGCCAAAGCCUACUUUCAGCUGAGCUUGUUCAAGAACAAGCAUAAUGUGAGUCCUCUCCGCGGAUUCAUUGUACCUUUGAUUCAGGCCCCAGUCUUCAUCUCCUUCUUCAUCGCGCUGAGGAAGAUGUCUGAACUGCCGGUGCCCAGCAUUCAGAGCGGAGGCCUGCUCUGGUUCCCCGACCUGACGGCAGCAGACCCUUUUUACAUCCUCCCUGUAGUCGUCACAGGCACCAUGUUCUUCAUCCUGGAGUUUGGUGCCGAGUCUGGUGUUGAAAACCCCCAACUGCGACACUUGAAGACUGUGUUCAGGAUCAUGCCUUUUGUCGUCCUCCCUUUCACGAUCAGCUUCCCCACAGCGGUGUUCACCUACUGGCUGACCUCCAACUGCUUCUCCCUGGGUCAAGUCGCCCUGCUCAGACACCCAUUGGUCAGAGAGAGGUUAAAGAUCCCGGCGAUGAUCCCACACCCAAUCCCAGCCAACAGCGACGGCUUAUUGGAAAGCAUCAGGAAAAGCUGGAAAAACGCUCAAAUGGCCCGAGAGCUGGCAGAGAAACAAAGAAGAGUUUAAAAUCAUCUGGACCUCGCUGCCUAAGGGCCACUGAGGCAGACUUUUACCCACAAUCCCCUGCAGCAACACCCAUGGCCGCAGCGUCAGAAAGACGGAAAAGCCUGCUGGCAAGGCAGAGCAGACUGAAAGUGAUUUAUGUAAAUAUUUAUGAAUGGAAGAGAGGACAGCGAAGGAGACAAUUGUAAUUAUGUUAUCAAUAAUUAUGUGUAUUAUAGUAAUU